UUGCUGAUUUAAACUACAAAUUUAUAAAUCACAGACAGCGGUUAACCACGAUUAGCAUAUCUAAGGAAACGAAAUAAACAGUGUGGGUUAUUUGGGAAAUAACGUCACAUAAAUUUUAAAUUAUUUCAUCAUCGCUGCAACGCAACAAAUACGUGACUGUUACGAUAAGCCAUGGCACCUCAUUCAUUGGUAAUAAUUGCUUGCACUUGCGGUAUUUAUAUAGUAACAUACAUCGUACUUCGUACGCAGUUCCGAAAGUUUGGACACAUUUGCGAAAUCCAAAUCGCCGACAGCGACUUGACAAACUUCCAAAGCGCAAACCCGUUUCGGCGGUGGUUCAAUCGCUUGCGAAUGAUCAACGAAACGAAUCAACGCAGUUAUAGUUUCCUGCGCAGUCAAAAGAAGAUCAUGAAUGAACACAAGAAAUUAUUGGAAUAUAGCUAUGUGAUACAUCCUUUCAGUAUUUUCAGGUCUGAGAUAUUUCGAUUUAAACUUCUAGGCAUCUGUCAUGUUCACAUUCAAUUCGAUAUUUUUAGGACUACAUGGGAUGUCAUUACUUGUUUUAUAUUAUUACUUCAAAUGAUAAUGAUACCUUUGGACAUAGCAUUUUACUCGGUCAAAUUUGAGUAUAAUAUGGUUCGUUCACCAACAUUUGAAUUAAUUCGCAUCUUCACAGAUGUACUUUCGUUCGUUGAUAUUAUUAUAACAUUCUUCUGUGGUUAUUGCGAUUUGGACCAGAAUCAGAUUGUAGUGAAUCCGGCAAGAAUUGCAAAGUAUUACCUAGGUCGAUUGUUUGUGCUUGAUUUAUUUUCGUCGAUUCCGUUUGACGUGAUUCUUAACAAUUAUGAAAGCCCAAAUCCAUCUGAAAGUGUCAAAGAAUGGUAUUUUAUUGGGCACUAUAUAGGUUUACUCAAGUUAGUGCGAUAUUACACGUUUGUGAUGUAUACUGCCAGGAUGUUUGACGCAACAAUUACUGAGAUUUACUACGUUGUUCAUCGAAUUUCAAUUGCAUUCCUGUCAUUCAUUCUUUAUUUGCAUGUCAUUUGCUGUUUAUGCAUUGCUUGGAAUGGUACUCAAAUACAAUACAGUUAUGAACUGGCAGAUUCUCCUCCAACCAUUUUCAGCUAUGGAAUAGACACGAAUACAUUGGGGAAAAUGUAUACUCGAUUCUUUUACGGCGCUUGUUUGGUAGUUUUUAAUGCUGGGUAUGGAUUUCCCGUUUUUGACCAUGCUGCUCUCGUGUUUACUACCAACGUCUGGUUAUGCUCUCGGCUGCUGUACAUUUUGGCAUUAGCAUACUUCAUACAGUUGCAAACUGCGAUUCAAUCAUCGACGCAAAAAUAUGUUGAUAUGCUGUGCGAGGUUAAAGAUUACAUGCGACAUCGCCAAAUUCCAAAUUUCUUGCAGAAUCGAAUUCUUUCAUACUAUGAUAUCAAAUUCCAAAAUUGUUUCUUUCAAGAAUCGGAAAUAUUGAAUACUGUCUCGGCUCAACUGCGGCAGGAAAUUAUCAUGAAUACAUGCCGAAAAUUGGUUGAAGAUGUAUCUUUCUUCAAAAAUUUGCCUAUGUCACUGCUGGUACGAAUCGUCUCGUCGCUGUCGUAUGAUAUUUUUCUAACUAAUGACGUUAUUGCGAAAGUGGGAACGAUUGGCAACUCGAUGUAUUUCAUCUCUAAUGGCACUGUUGCAGUGUAUUCUAAUCACGGAAAAGAGCUGUGUCAUUUACAAGAUGGCGACCAUUUUGGUGAAAUUGCAUUAAUUAAUCGGGACUCAAUUCGUGUUGCGUCCGUAAUUGCCGCUGAAGUCUGCGAGCUGUAUCGUUUGGAUCGCAAAGAUUUUGUUAAAGCCAUUAUGCCGUUCCCGGAUCUCUAUGAAAAGAUUGCGUUUGUUGCUUCUGAACGCAAAGAGAACACCAAUAUUGCUGAUGAAAUUCCAAAUCGCCGAGAGCCUGACCGUACUUUUAGUUCUGUAGAACAUUCAAUUGAUAAGCCCCGUUCGACACGUCCAACUUUAUUAUAUAGUCAUAGCACCUCCGAGAAAAAGAUGAGACGUGAUACCAAAUGGCAGAAUUUGCUAUUAUCUUUUCAAGAAAAUAAUCCUUAACCUGUUUAUGAAAUGUCUGAGAUAUGCUAAUUGUUUUUUUAAUUUUGUAUUGUAUUUCAUAUAGUUCUGAAUAAAUAGCAAAUGUGUUCUAAAAA